AUGGAUUUAAGGACAUUUGGUAUAUUAUGUGGGUUGCUUCACAUUAAUGGAAGGGUUAAAAAUGAUGGUUUGGUGACUUUGGAGGAACAAGUGUGUAUAUUCUUACAUGUACUUGCACAUCAUGUUAAGAAUCGUACUAUUAGAAGUAGAUUUAUUCGAUCGGGUGAGACCAUUAGUAGGUACUUCAACUCUAUGUUGCAAGGAAUUUUAAGAUUGCAAGGUAGCCUAUUGAGAGUGUUGAAACCUGUGGGUGAGAGUUACACAGAGUAUAGAUGGAAAUGUUUUAAGAAUUGCUUGGGAGCUCCAGAUGGAACUUACAUUAAAGUUUGUGUGCCUAAAACUGAUAAACCAAGAUAUCGAACUAGGAAGGGUGAAAUUGCAACAAAUGUGUUGGCUGUUUACUCACGCGAGAUGCAAUUUAUAUUUGUAUUGCCUGGUUGGGAGGGAUCUGCAUCUGACUCUCGAGUCCUUCGUGAUGCCAUAACUAGGCUAAAUGGGCUAAAAGUUCCCACGGGUAAGGCCAUUAGUAAGUAUUCACUUUAUGUGCAAUUUUAA